AUGUCUAGUGAACCGAGUACGAGUGCUAAAUGUGUUUUUCACACUACCAAAGGUGAUUUAGAGGUGGAGUUAUGGGCAAGGGAGUGUGCUGUCACGACCAAGAGGUUUCUUGAGUCAGCUGGUAAUGGUCUUUGGAAGGGCAAAGCGUUUUCUAAACUGGGGAGCAGUUUGAUCCAGGUGGGCUUUUCAACUUUUAAAUGUGCCAAAGAAUAUAACGGUAGGUUGCGGUUUAAUAGGCGGGGAUUACUAGGGAUAAUGCCAGGUAAUGGCGUGCUUUUCUUUACUCUUGAGGAACAGCCAAGUUUAAACGAUGACGCUGUACUGUUCGGAACGUUGGUAGGAAACUCAUUCUACACGUUACUGGGGAUAUCUCAAGGGGAGUUAGAGGAGGAUGGGGAAAAGUUUCUGUAUCCUGCUACGAUUGAUACGAUAGAUAUUACUGUACCAUAUUUUAAUGAUUUGGCAACUCCAGUCUCGAAGAGGGAAUCGCAUGACAAAACACCCCCUAAAGCUACAAAAAAGAGGAAGAUUGGAUCGAAAAUUCAACUAACUUAUGAGGAUGAAGAAGAAGAUGAGGAUUCUGAAAGCAACACGAAUAAUAUUAAAAUCAGGGCGGCGCAUGAUGUGUUGGCGAGCGAUGGGAAUUUUCAGGUAGCUCCUCUGGAGAAGGAGAUUGUGGAGGAACACAGCGAUAAAACUGGGUCUAUUCCGGAGAUGGAGCUGGAAAAUAUGUCCGAUAGUUACCGUAGCACAGGUUCAUCUGUCGUUGAUGAUAUAGAGAUGACGGAGCGUGAAAGAAGCACGUUGUCAUUUUUGAACAGUUUUCAAACAAAAUUCAAGGAUGGCAUGAACCCAUUAUAUUAA